UCCCAAUCCCAACCUCCCCCCCUCAUCUCCUCCCUGCUCCUCUUUAAGACCACUGAUGGGGGGGUCCUCCUCCCCUUCCAUCUGACCCUAGCUUAUCAGAUCUCACCAGGACUGGCUGCAAUGUCCUCUUCCAAAUUUUUUAUAAAGUGAUGACUGAAAAACCACAUGGAAAGCAUGGCACGGUGGUACAUUACUUUAUCCCAGAUUUUUGAAGACAAAAGCAGGCAGACUUCUGUGAGGUUGAGGCCAGCCAGAUCUACACAGUGAGUUCUAGAACACCCAUAGCUACAUACAGAAACCCUGUCUCAGAAGAACAAUAAAACCACACAGACACAUGGAAAAAUUUACAGCCUUGAUAUUGGCAAUAAGUGUGCAAAUUUGAUGAUGCCUAGCAACAGUAAGACACAAUCAAAAAUUCCUGUUCUGAAUGAGUGAUUGCUAUUUUUAGGCUCCAGUAAUGCGGCAAAAUUAACUCGACACCCUAAAUCCAAUUCCCUCCCCAUAAAUCCAUUACAUUACUAUUGUAGUAACAAACAUCAGAGCAGCAACUACUUAUCACAUCAUUCUGUGGCAGUAAACUGUGACAAUACCAGGCACAAAUAUAAUAAAAGAAAAAAACCUACAUACCUAUUUGCUUUUUCAAUGCUGAUGUAAAAAUUCUCAAGAGAAUACUGGCAAACUGAUGGCAAUAACAGGUGACAUUGUGUAUCAUAGCUAUAAAGAAUUUAUCUGGGAACAAAAUUGGUUCAGCAUACAAAAUCAAUACUGAAAUAUAGCUUAUGGACAAAAUGAAUGGCAAGCCAUACAAUUAUCUUAAUAAAGGCAUUUUAGAAAAGGAAAACAUAGAACUAUGGAUACUUAGAGAUAGUGUGGCUUUGUGUAUACAAAGUCUUAAAUAAUCUAAAAGUGUGCUAAAAUUAGUCAACAAAUUCAAUAUGUAAAAUAGAAGAUCAUUACCCUAAAAUUAACUAUAUAUGUAUGAUACCAUUGGACAAACUGAAAAUGAAGCAAAAGUCCUCUGGAAUCAAGAGGAGUAAGCUGCUUGGAAAAGAAGCAGACGGGUAUAUAGACGAAUUUCAUACAGAACACUAGAAAACGCUGAAGGCCUAUGUAAGGAAGAAGUGUAUGUGGCCUGCAAGAUGUUCCAUUGUAAAUAUUACCUUCAAACUAGUUUAUGAAUUAAUGGAAUUCAUACAAAAAUCUCAGUUUUCUUUUCUCCUAGAAGCUACUAAAUGCCCCUGAAUUUUCCAUUUGAAAAUGCAAAGACAGCAGGGCAUGGUGGCACAGACAUCUAACCCCAGCACUCAGGAAGGCAGAGGCAGGAGCUCCGUGAAUCUGAGGCCACCCGCUCUACAAAUCAAGUCCAGGACAGCCAAGGCUACGCAAAGAAGCCCUGUCUUGGAAAGCAAGCAAAGAAGAAGAAGAAGAAGAAGAAGAAGAAGAAGAAGAAGAAGAAGAAGAAGAAGAAGAAGAAGAAGAAGAAGGAAAGAAAGAAAGAAAUACAGAAAAUGCAAAAACUCCUGAAUACUCAAAACAAUAAUGAAAAAAGAAGAAAUUUGAGGAAAUCAGAUUUCCUGGUUUUAAUGUUAUAUUUUAAGUUUGAAAUCAGAUAUAUGAAUUGUUUGUGUACUAACUGUAUAAAUACUAUUUUCUACUUAAGCAGAAACAAGAAAGAUUUGUUAGCAUUGUCUUAGAUGGCAUCAAACUUUAUAAUGUCAAAGUACUUUAAAAUAUUUCAGGCUUGGAAGUUUAGUCAAUAUUAAAAGGUAGUUUGUGUCUUACCAACAUGUACUAUUUGGUUUGUAGCUAUUUCACUCAGAUGGUCAGCUGAUGAAUUCAAUCUAUGCAACAGAAUCUGUGCACUGGAGUAUCCCCAAAAGUAAUUCCUUCUAUAAUAAUUUAUAGAAGGAAUAAUUUAUAACUGUGUAACUUUGGUAUUUUAUCAUUGGGAAAAAACACAUUUAUAAAAAUCCUUUCUUGCUUUGCCUUAACUGAUUACUCAAAACUUAAAUGUGUGGGAAGACUAGCUGUCUUCUAGUUUUGAUUAACUCCUCUCCUACACAGUAUAGAAUAACUAUAGUAAUUAUGAAAUUUCAAACAAGACCAACAUUGAUAAAGAAAAAAACAUCUGCAUACACUCUUAAAAUGACAUUAAUUUGGAAACUUUAAAGAAGAACUUUAAAGAAGCGCUUGGCUUGAGAAUAGAACUGUGGGAAUUUACGAAAAACUGACACAGGGUGGCGCUGCAGGCUAAGGCUAGAUUAAUAAGCAGGAAAAUACCCGGAAUUGCUUGUUGCAAAACAGAACAAAAGACAAAGGCAAAAGCUUUUCAAGGACUAUCUAGCUAUGGAGGGCUUUGGGCAAGGAUAUAAUGGCUUAGUGUAAGAUUAAGAGCAACGUUGUGAAGAUUCCUCUAAAGAAAAAAUUAGAGUUCAGUGUUUCAAAGCGUUUGGAGACUGCUAAAGGACUGGAUGCAAGCACUCACUGCCCCAUCAUGGAGAAGCUGGAGAGAAUUCACCCAAACAGGCAAGUAAUGGCUUUUAUUUUUAUGAUGGUAUUGGUUCAGGUUCGCAGUGAGGCGACAAUUCGGUACUCUGUCUUGGAGGAAACAGAAAGUGGCUCCUUUGUAGCCCAUCUGGCCAAGGAUCUGGGACUCGGAUCUGGGGAGCUGGCUGUCAGAUCUGCAAGGGUGGUGUCUGAUGAUUUCAAGCAGCGGUUGCUGCUGGAUCCUGAGACUGGAGAUUUGCUUCUGAGGGAGAAACUAGAUCGGGAAGAGCUGUGUGGCUCUGUGGACCCUUGUGUGCUGCAUUUCCAGGUGUCUCUUGAAAAACCAGUGCAAUAUUUUCAAGGAGAAUUAUUGAUCCAGGACAUAAACGAUCAUUCUCCAGAAUUCUCAGAUAGGGAAAUGCUCUUGGAAAUACUGGAAAACAGCCAGCCAGGCACUCUGUUACCACUGAAUUUAGCCCAGGAUUUGGAUGUGGGGAGCAACGGGCUUCAACAAUAUACAGUCAGCCCCAACUCUCAUUUUCAUGUCCUCACUCAAAAUAAUAGUGAAGGAAAGAAAUACCCAGAGUUGGUGCAGGACAGAGUCCUGGACAGAGAGGAGCAGGAAGAACUGAGCUUAACCCUCACAGCAGUGGAUGGAGGCUCUCCUCCUAGGUCAGGUACAACCAUGGUUCGAAUCCUGAUCCUGGACAUCAAUGACAAUGCUCCUGAAUUUGUGAACACUCCCUAUGAGGUGCAGGUCCUGGAGAGCAGUCCCCCAGACUCCCCAGUCCUGACUGUCUCAGCAAGAGAUGCAGAUGCUGGCAACUUUGGGAGAGUCUCCUAUGGCUUGUUCCAGGCAUCAGAUGAAAUCCAACAAACUUUCUCAAUAAAUGAAAUCACGGGAGAAAUUAGACUGAAAAGGGAGUUAGACUUUGAAAAAAUUAAAACUUACCAUGUGAAAAUUAAGGCCACAGAUGGAGGAGGGCUUUCUGGAAAAGGCACUGUGGUGAUAGAGGUGGUGGAUGUGAAUGACAACGCUCCAGAGCUGACCAUAUCCUCACUGACCAGCUCAGUCCCGGAAAAUGCUCCUGAGACCAUAAUCAGCAUCUUCAGAGUUGGAGACAGGGAUUCCGGAGAGAAUGGAAAGGUGGUCUGUUCUAUUCCAGAAGAGCUGCCAUUCAUUUUAAAAUCCACAUUCAAGAAUUUCUACACCCUUGUGACAGAGAGCCCGCUGGACAGAGAGAACAGAGCCGAGUACAACAUCACCAUCACCGUCUCCGACAUGGGCUCACCCAGGCUCACGACCCAGCACACCAUAACAGUGCAGGUGUCCGACAUCAACGACAACGCCCCCGCCUUCACCCAAUCCUCCUACACCCUGUCUGUCCGCGAGAACAACAGCCCCGCCCUGCACAUAGGCACCAUCAGAGCCACAGACUCAGACUCUGGCUCCAAUGCCCACAUCACCUACUCGCUGCUGCCGCCCCAUGACCCGCAGCUCGCCCUUGCCUCGCUCAUAUCCAUCAAUAGGGACAAUGGGCAACUGUUUGCGCUUAGGGCUUUGGAUUACGAGGCCCUGAAGGCCUUCGAGUUCCCCGUGGCCGCCAUAGACCAAGGCUCUCCAGCUCUCAGCAGCCAGGUGGUGGUUCGCGUGCUGGUGCUGGAUGACAACGACAAUGCGCCCUUCGUGCUCUACCCUCUGCAGAACGCCUCUGCGCCCUGCACUGAGCUGCUGCCCAGGGCAGCGGAGCCUGGCUACCUGGUCACCAAGGUGGUGGCUGUGGACCGCGACUCUGGCCAGAACGCCUGGCUGUCAUUCCAGCUGCUCAAGGCCACGGAGCCAGGGCUGUUCAGCGUGUGGGCGCACAAUGGCGAGGUGCGCACCACCAGGCUGCUGAGUGAGCGCGAUGCCCCCAAGCACAGGCUGCUGCUGCUGGUCAGGGACAAUGGCGAUCCUCAGCGCUCUGCCAGUGUCACUCUGCAUGUGCUGGUGGUGGAUGGCUUCUCCCAGCCCUACCUGCCUCUGCCAGAGGUGGCGCGCGACCCCGCACAGGAUGAUGAAGAUGUGCUCACGCUGUACCUGGUCAUCGCCUUGGCGUCUGUGUCUUCACUCUUCCUCUUGUCUGUGCUGCUGUUCGUGGGGGUGAGGCUUUGCAGAAGGACCAGGGCGGCUCCUCUGGGUGUCUGCUCUGUGCCUGAGGGACACGUUCCUGGCCACCUGGUGGAUAUCAACGGUUCGGGGACUCUAUCCCAGAGCUAUCAAUAUGAUUUGUGUCUGACAGGGAACUCUGGGACUGGUGAGUUCAAAUUCCUCAAACCCAUGAUCCCCAAUCUGUUGGUUCAGGAUGCUGGAGGAGAACUUGAGGAAAAUCUCCACUUCAGGGAUAGCUUUGUAUUUAGCUAAGUCAGCCGUUCUCCACCUAUGGAUCAUGACCUCUUGUGAAAAGAAACACCCUUUCACCAAGGUCGCCUAAGACCGUCAGAAAACACAGAUACUUACAGUUGCAAAAUUAUCCUUAUGAAGUAGCAAUGAAAAUAAUUUCAUUGUUGGGAAUCACCACAAAACGAGGGUCGCAACAUUAGGAAGGUUGAGAACCGCUGAGGUAAGGGAUGUAAAUUCCUAAGUAUUGUACAUUUCCUUUAUCUUAUCUUCUUUCUAUGAAGUUUUCCACCAAUCUUACCUAUUUAUAUCCUUAUAGUGCUGAUUGAUUGUUUUUUAUUGGUAUUAAGGUAAUAGGCUUUUAGUUGUACUAAGCAUAUUUCAUAUUUUUCUCCACAUAUGAAUAUCUCUCGGUGAUGACUACUCCCAUAUGCAUAAAUUUUUAAUUUUCUUUGAAUGAAACUCCCGAUGAUAUUCUGAGACAUUUUACUGCUUUCAAGAAGGCUUGCAUUUGUGUAUAUAUUGGUGUCACCUGCUCUUUCCAUGUAUUUUCAUCUUUUCAAAGGCAGGUUUUGUAAAAUUGCUUAUGCUGCCUGGAUCUUUCUGUGUGACUGGAAGGCGGCACUAGGUCAUGUUUACUACCAGGCUAAGUGCCCUGAAUAGCCAAGUCAUAAAAUUUAAAGUGAAUAUGAAUAUACAAAGUUCAAGAGUGCUCAUCUUGCUAGUGACUCUAUUGAUUUGAAGUGUUCUGUAGUGUGGUUAAAGUUUUGAAAUCUUAUUUGACAAAAAUUAAAGGGAAAAUGUGUAGUUUCUCUUCCCAUUCAUUAAAUAAAACUGUGAAACCACUGCUUUGACAUGAUCUGUUUUAAUAAUUAAUCUCAGAAGUUGAAUUGUAUCAUAUGUCUCUAAAACAGAAAAGGCAGGGUUAUUGGGGCCAUCAUAUUUGUCUUUCUCUUUCUCAUUCAGAGAAGUCCAAGCAUAGUGUAAUGUGUGCGUGUGUGUGUUUCCCAGAAGCCUUUCUUACACCUUUCAAUGAGGAAAUGCCUUUUGAAGUUUGGGUAUUCCAUUUGGUUCUGUUUAUUAGUAGAUUUCAAAUCUUCCACUUUAUGUUACUUAGUGCUUUUGGGUAGAGUUUAUCAAUCAACAAAAUUUUUUUGGUGUUACAUCUUUUUGUUUUGUUGCUUAGUGUAUCAUUCAGCCACUUUGAGUUAAACUGAUAAAUAAUAUUGAGUAUUAUUUUGUUUGUUAAUACAUCGAAACAGUAACAUAUUUAUUGAUUUGAAGUGGUAGCAUUCUGUAGUGUUCAAUAAGCGUGGUGAAAUGAAUGUUUGAUUUCUAAAUCAUCAUGUGUAUUUAGAUAAAACUAUAUCAAACCUUCUUGAAAUUUUAGCAGAAAAUGAGCCAUUGAAAAGCAUUCAUUAUAUUCUUUUUGUUCUUAAAUCUACUAUUAGUCUAUGUGAAAUGAAGUAGUUGUACUUUUUUAAUUAUAAUUACUCCCCUUGCCAAAGCUAAGAAAGAGUUAAAAGGCAAAUUACUGGCAGGUUAAAUUCAUCUUGAAAUGUGGAUUUUGAUCACCAUUCAACUUUUUUAAACAGUGAAAAAUAACUCUGAAAAUCAGUAAGCCACACAUAAAAAAAUCUGGAAAUGGGAAGUAGAUCUGUUGGAAGAAGGGCUUAGACAGGAGAGGGGUAGAAUAAGAGAUGAGAUUUGGGGUGUAGGAAAGGGCUAAACAAUAUCUGAAGAGAUAACGACUGACAGUUUCCACCACUGGUUAGUCUUUGAGUGCUCAGGAUAGUCAGAGAAACCUAAUCAGGGCCUGUAAGAGACAAAUCACCCUUAUGCAUGUCAUAGGAAGUUGCUUAACACAAGGUCCAGGACAGGAAAAAAUAUUUAAGUAACUAUGAAAUAAUGUAUUUCUUUUAAAGGAGCACCAGUAAAACUAAAAACUGACUUUUAAACCUUAGUCAUGAAAUUAAAGAAUGUGUCUUUAAAUUGGUGGAAAAAAAUAUUCCCAAAUGUAAAUGAAUUAAUAGCACAUGCCCGUUCAGUGGAGAAGCUUUUGGGCAAAAACUGAAAGAAGUAAUUGAAUCAUAUAAUCACCAAGAGAAAUACUUUUAGUGGAAUUAGUUAGGCAGAAGGAAAACAAUCCCAAAGGGAUUUAAAACUGUGUCAAGAAAUAAAAAAUAACAGGAAAGGUUACAGAGGAAUAGUGACCAGGUUUUGACUGUAUGGAGUCGAAUAGAGGCAUCUUAAAAUUCAUGAGAACAAUAAUGCAAAGGCAGAGGAAUAGACAUGAAGAAAAAAGAGAGAAAGCAUGAAACCCUUUAAAAAUAAAGAGGAGCCAGUCUUGGUGACAAAGUCCUUCAAUCUCAGUACUAAGAGGUUGAGGCAGGUGGAUCACUGGGUUGGAGGUCAGCCUGGUCUAUGUAGUGAAUGCCAGGCCAGCUAGGGCUACAUAGAUCCUGUCUCAAAAAAUAGGUUUUCUAAACCAUUGUUUAAUAUUAUUACUCUUUUUUCUUCUGGUCAUUAAUUCUGGUCAUAAAUUACAACAUAUAUGUAUAGAUAGAGAUAUAGGUGAUAUAGAUAUAGAUACAGAUACAGAUAUAAUGUCCUUUCUAGUUAUCAUGUGUUUAAUGUUCUGGAAUUACUAUCACUAACCUUGGCUGUUCUCUCCUCUACGUAGCAUGUAAACCUCAGUGCAAGGACAGAAAAUUCAUGAGGAAAUCACUUCUUACCAAUACAUUUUUUCACAUACAAUGGCUGCUUUGGACUACCCUUCUUUUGCUCCCUUUAUUCUUUGUUUGCACUCUUGUUUUUUCUUAUUUACUCAUCCGUCUAUUUUUAUCUCACUUGUACAAACAAUUUAAACUCUAGAAGUACAUUACACAUUUGUGUGUAUGUUGAGUGUGCACAACAUAUUUGCUAAAAUUAAAAUUUGGAUGUAUUCAGGUGACAAAAUGAUGUGAACUAGUAGGCCAUGGCUCUUUUUGAUUAGGUGACCAUGUUUGUUACACAAUGUAUUUAUUUUUGUCUUGUUAAUCUUAAACAAACCAAACACUUAAAAACUUAUAAGAAAAAAUGUUGUUGCAUUUGAUAAAUAAUGCAAAAUCCCAUUUAAAUUAAAAUUUGA